AUGACAUGUUUUCCAGAAGAUAUUAUGUACUGUACCAUAUGCCAAUGUGAUGUUCCUCUAAGGUGUUGGCACUGUGACAUAUGCAAUGUUUGCAUAUUGACUAGAGAUCAUCACUGCACUUUCAGCACGACAUGUGUUGGUCAUUAUAACAGACGUUAUUUCUUAUGGUUUUUGCUGUAUUUAUCUGCAGCCAGUUUUUACGAGAUAAUUUUGAUUGGUUAUUAUACAUACUGUAAAGUGACAAUUAAAUUUUCAGACUUAGUGGUUUUAGUGCCAUUUCAAUCAAUUAUAACUGGCUUUCACUUAACAGUAGGUCAAAUUUUUGUAGUUUUACUGACGUUGAAUCUAAUAGCUGUAACAAUGUCGUCAUUGUUAUUAAUUUAUCAUCUAGAUAAGGUACGCAAAGGUCUCGUAUCCCAUGAAAAACAAGAGAGUAGUUAUGAUUUUGGCUUAAUGCGAAAUUUGGAAACUGUGUUUGGGGAAAAAUGGUAUAUAACAUGGAUUUCCCCAUUCAUCAUAUCCAAAUUACCCUACAAUGGAAUUGAUUGGCAAAGUCAUGUUGAUCAGUAUAAAACAAAAUAA